AUGUCGAGAGGCCAAAGCACGGAGGACAGUAAAAAAGGUUUGAGGCCAGGCACAUCCAACAAGAAAGAGGGCAGAAGAAGUUCCUGGAUUGCGAGUUUCAGCUCUAAGUUCUCCUCUGUAAAUUCGCCAACAUCCUCUCGCAACUCCAGCGUUGAUGUGCAGCAAGCCCACAACACCUUGACGGCAUCUCCCCAACCCAGCCCGAAGACCGAGUUUGCGAACCCUUUUGAUAAGAAUCGAUCGCCCAAAGAUGGGCAGAAAGAGAUCAAAAAGGAAGAAACUAAACAACCUGUCGUCGCCCAUACUGCCCCUCGUCGACCCUCGGUCCUCGUGGCUGCUGGCAAGGAAACAAAGCUAGAGCACCCUGGAUUUCUGUCGAGUGCCUUGCGGAGACUGUCUUCAUCGUCCAACACCACCAUGGGUAAGAGCGCAACUAGUGGAGCAAUUUGCCCAAGGAGGAUUAUGAACGUGGACCCAAACCGCGAGCGCAUCAAGAUUAGCGAGUUUGACCAAAACAAGCUCAAGAGAGUGUCGUUUUGCGUUGAUGUAGAGAUUGCCGGGUUUGCUUCUCAGGCUGACGAAGACCCAGAGCAAUCUCAUCGCCCAGCUGUGUCAAAUGCACAGAAGCAGAGUAUCUCUAAUUCCGACAAACAAGUAACCAGCAACAAGGACUCAAAGGACGCAAGGACCAAAGAAAAGGGUGAAGGGGCAGCUUUGAAAGCGCCUAAGCCGGCAGCUGAAGAAAAGGAAAAGGAAGAGGUAGAGCCGAGCAAACCCCAGCCAGAAGAACCUCAGGCUCCACCAUCGGAGGAGAAACAGGCGGACAAAGAUAAAGACACAUCGGAAUCGCUGCAAGGCCCCGAACCUCUCGCCGUUCCCGGAACGCGGAAAAAGGAGAAGAAGAAACGGUCGGAAGCCGAACGGAAAGAACGAAAGGAGCGGAAAAGACGACACGCCGAAGCAAACGGUCUGGUACCGUUGGAGUUGACUCGUGAAGAUGACGAUUCGGACUCGAAUUCGAGUGUGACGCCGCCAGGCGCCUCAACGCCCAGCAAGCGGUCUGCGGAAGGGGCGGAUGGCCGUACGACAGAUCCUCUGAGAAUAUACAAGCGUUGCUGUCAGCUGCGCGAAACCACAGUUCUCAGCAAAGUCAAAGAGCAAAUAUCCAAGCCCUCCGCAGGUGUGGCAGAAGCCCCUGGUACCGUGGCGGUGAUGGACCUUUCUGGCUAUCCGAUGCAGCUGCAGGAUAUUGUAACUCUCGGAGACUGGCUCGCAAUAGUUCCUGUUCGGAAACUCGUCUUGGACAAUUGCGGAUUAACAGACGAGGGCGUCCGGGUGAUUUUGUCCGGCCUCUCGAGCUGCAAGUCCGUCGAACAAGCCCGACAGAACAGGAAAUUGCCGAAGAGGCCGAGCGGCAAGAGUGGCAAAGAGCAAAUGGGUGUCAUAGAGAGGCUCUCCUUGAAGGACAACCCUGGUAUUACGAAUCUGGGGUGGCGGCACAUUGGGCUUUUCAUGCACAUGUCACGGUCGCUGAGGGCCAUUGAUCUGUCGGGAAUCCAAUUUCCCAAGGCUGGCGAGCUCUCACGGACGGUCUCCACCACGAGUUCCAACAGCAAUGGAUCGUACGACACAACCUCGAAAGUUAUGGAUCUGGGGACUUUGGUCAUCUACGCAUUGUCCGAGCGUUUGGGCGACAAACUCGAAGAGCUGAUCCUCAGCGACUGUGGCCUUGCCACUACAAAUAUUCGAGACCUCGUGGACUGCGCCAUUAAAUGCAAGAUCCGGCGGCUUGGGCUUUCGUGUAACAAUCUGGACCAGGAAGCCCUCAGCUAUCUUGUUCGGUAUAUCAAAUCCGGCCACUGUGAAGGCCUCGAUCUUGGAAGCAACAAUCUACACGGGAUUGCAUAUAUUCUUGCAGAAGGUGCUGACACGGAUUGCCCCUUGUUUGCAAUUAGUUUGUCGGAUUGUAACUUGACGCCGGCGGAUCUCAAUUCGAUCCUGAUCCCGUUUGCCAAGUUGAAGAACCUCAAGUUCAUCGACCUCUCCCGCAACAUGGCCUUGUUCAACAGUCAGCCGAGCGCCGUCCCGGUCUUCCGAAAACUUCUCCCCAAAUUGGCGCCAUUGAAGCGUUUACAUCUCUCAGAUGUGGGCAUGACGUCUGAACAAGUCAUCGCCCUGGCCGAGAUCUUGCCGGACUGCCCAUCGAUGGCUCAUCUCAGCAUUUUAGACAAUGCUCCGCUCAUUCAUGCGAUGAAUUCGAGGGACGCCAGCUCACAGGAGGAGGCUUGCGCAUUCUUCGCGUCCUUGAUGACCGCCGUCCGAGUGUCAGAGACUAUUGUCGCGGUGGAGAUCGAAAUGCCCAGUGCAGACAGCAGUGAGGUCGUCAAAGCGCUAGCGUCACAAGUUGUGGCUUACAGUCUCCGAAACAUGGAGCGGACGACUCUGACGGAAGUCGGCGUCAAGCCCGAGGAAUUCACUGACAAGGACGCUCCAGAAGUUCUGCUUCAUCUCGUUGGCCAUAUGGAUGGUUACUCGGCGAACUACGACAAGGACGAGCCAGCGCCGGAUGAGGACUAUAUGAUUGCAUCUACAGGAAUAGUCAAGGCACUGGGUGUCUGUUUGGAUCGCAAGGAUGGUAAUAGUCGCGCACAGUCAAGAAACAUCAGCCCUACAGCAAGUGGCACAUCCACGCCGCGAGGACCGUUACGGCAGAGGACGGUGUCCAAGCCCCGGGAUGUGAGCCUGGAGCUUUGUGAGAGUGCGAGGAAGAUCAGGCGAAGAUUGCAGCCUGUCCUGGUCAGAGAAGACCGGGCGGGGAACCACGACAACUAUCGCCGCCUCUUUUUCCUCGACCAGACUCUGCAGAGGAUGAUACAGAGGUUCGAGGACGAGUACCCCGAGACCAAAGUCCCUUCUUUGUCUCCUCCCACGGCCAACGGCAUGCCGUCGCCAGACCCAUCCAUGGGAGACACCUCUCUGCUAUCGGCUUCGAUGGAUUCAAACGAAAUGUUGAAGAUGACCGACGCUGACGACUACUUCCCGGCCGAGCGUGAGGCAAAAGACGCAUACGCCCUGAAAUUAUCUCGAACAUCGUCCAAUACGUCGCUCGCGGCCAAAGCUUUUACAGACGAGGAAGGUCGCAUGCACCGUUUUGGACAGAGUAUACGGAGAGAGGUCCUCAAACCUACAGGGAUGGAUGACACUCUGCAUGGAACCCUAGCGACAGACGCGGACCCACCCCACAUUGCUGCUCUCCGGGCGAAGCUGGAUGAACUCCGUGGAGAGGACAUUCGGUACCGAGUCGAAAAGGAGGGCGCAGACAAUGUGGUGCGCGAACUGGGAUUGAACGCUCAAGAGCUUCUCAUGCUGAGGGAGCAGGAUCCCGAGGGCUUCGAUACAUUCCGAGAGUCGCAGCUGGCUGCGCAGAUCAAUGCAGGCUUGAUUCCCGUGGAUGAGAUGAAAAGUGCGGAGGUGUGA